AUGGAUUUAUCCCAUCUCACACGGCCUGGCAUUUUAUGCCAGUGUAUUCGGUGCUCCAGCUCACUGGCUGCACUGGAAAAUGAAUGGGCCAAGUUAUCGAACGCCUAUUCAAUCCCGACAGCAUGGCUUAGUGUCGACCUCCAUCGCAUCGCUGUUUCUUCAGAGCGGAAGCAAAUCCCCCACACCUCGGAUAUGACACUUCUUCGUGGCCGCGUCAUUCAGGAAGUAUCAUGUAAACUUUGUCAGCAACGGAUGGGAGUCCUUUGCCCGCUCGACAAUGGGAUGAAUAUUCUGUGGAAAAUGUCGAAAGUCGCCUUUAGGGAGAUCGUUACCAUGCGAACAGUGCAGCCUGGCAGUGCACUGGUGCCAGCUGGCUGCACCGACCCCACAACCCUUGAUCCAUCCAUGCAAAAGCAAAUGCUCCACCAGGGCCGAAGCAUCGAUCAGAUUUCGAACUCAGUGAACCACCUCCAGGACACUAUGUCAGAUCUAAAACAUUCAUUUACAGCACUUCGAAUCGAGCUGAAUGGACCAGGCCGAAAUCUGGGGGAAGGCUCCGCACUUCAGGGACAUGAUUUUGACAUGAUUGCUAUGGUGCUCAAGGAGCUCAAAUCCAAGUCUGAUGAGAUCGAGAAAUUGAAGUUGGAGAUUGAGGCCCUGAAGUUGAAGAAUCGCUACAUGGGAGCGACCCUACCACAACAGCAGGAAUCAUUAUCGAUCAUGAACACGAAUGCUGCGCUCCCUGAAGUUCGGAGCCCUGGCUUGCUCCAAGCCGGCCGGAAACGUAACUGGCCUGACGCAUUCCCGGGCGAUCGCAGUCAGGCGAUCGCAGACUCCUUCGAUGAAGAUGAUAUGGUGGAUGAACUGUCGCUUUCAGAUCCACCCACAAACAAUUCGCGCAUUCCCCUGAAUGACCAACCCCAACCUGCAAGUGCCCAUGAGCCACUAGCGGAGGAGCAACUGAGGUCCCUAGAGGUGCAGAUGCCUUCUCGAGAGCCUCAGGAUGCCUCUAACUCUUUUCAGACACAACUCUACAAGCCGCACCAAACCAUAACCAAGCGCCCGCGCCUAGGUGCGCCGGCUGAGGAUAAUUCCCAAACAGCCCAUUCACAGCCGCAAGCUGUCCCUCAAAAAAGACCGCCCGGCAGACCAAGGAAAUCGAUCAGCCACCCUACCCUCGCCGGUGCCACAGAAUCGCCUAGUACUUCUCCUUCUAUUAUGCAGGAGGAUGUCGAACCAUACGGACAACCAAACACAGUACGACGUCGCACAUCUCGUCGCAGCUUGCGUGCACAAUCCCUCGGGCCAAGUCUCAACGACAAAGAUAGUCAAGAGGAUCAGCAAAAGUCACAACAAUUGAUUAACCCUCCUCUUGAGACUCACCCAGCACCCAACAAAAAGAGCAAACGUAAUACUGGUUCUCCCAAUGGAAAACGAAAUGGUGGUCUGGAUGAUGAGGGAGAUGAGGCUGCUAUGAAUGAGAAGCGAAAAGCCAAGGUCGCGGCGCGGGACGUCAUGGCCAGGUUGGCUUUGCAGCACGAGGAAGCUUUGGAGGCUGAGAAUGCGCGAUAA